AUGGGGCUGGAUAAAUCGCCCAAAAAUCCCACUUUUGAGAUGCUGUCCGAGAAGGCAGGGGGGAAUCGACAGCCAUAUUACAAAAUCAUGUUCUUUUUGAACAAAAAACCUGAUAUCAGUGAUGAAGAUUUUCACAAACACUGGGAGAUGGUCCAUGCAGAUCUGACUGUGGCUACAAAAGCAUUUCGCGAUGUUUCUAUUCUGCGCUAUGUCCAGUAUCACCAAACGACCGAGAUCAAGACAGAGGCGAGUUCCCUCGGUUUGACGUGUCUGCCAUACGAUGGAUGCACCGAAAUGUAUGUGAAGGACUUGAAUGACUGGAAAUCGUUUACAGACAGUCCUGAGUUCAAAUCAGUAUUGGCAAGCGAUUCUAGGCGUUUUAUCGGUCAGGCAUCUGUAAUGGUUGGCUAUGAGAGCGUGAUAUAUGGCGAUGCCAUUCCUUCACUCGGUGGCAAAGAUGGGGUCUCAAGGAGUGACUUAUGA